AGAGGCAGAGGGAAGACAGCACAUAUCCAACUGGCUCUUUACCGAGACUUCAGCUCAACAGAACUACUACUGCCACAGCCAUGGCACCAACAAUGAUUAGACAGAUGACCUACUCUAAGCAGCACCUCUCACUUACUAAGGUAAGGAAGCCAGUGGUGGAGAAGAUGCGCAGGGAUCGCAUCAACACCAGCAUCGAGCAGCUCAAGGCCCUCCUGGGUCCCGAGUUCCUCCUGCAGCAGCCUGACUCCAAGCAGGAGAAGGCCGACAUCUUGGAGAUGACCGUCUAUUUCCUGAGCCAACAGCACCAGGCAGGAAGUUCCUCCACCGCGGCAGCCAAUGAGGGCUACUCUCGCUGUGUGCAGAAGGCUGUCAGCUUCCUGUCUCAGUGUGAGGUGAAGACACAGUCCCACAGCAGGCUGCUGUGCCACUUCCACUUCCACAGCCUGCAGACAUCCAGCCAAAACAGCCAGGCUCCCAGGUCCCUCUCCCCGCUGGGCUCCCCAGUCCACCAGGCCACCACCAAGGGUGUGAUGAGACCCGUCUCCCAUCCACUCUGGAGGCCCUGGUAGAGCAACGCUUCAGACCUUUUCAUGUCAGACAAACGGAAAUGGACAGGCCAGUCUAUAUUAUGACAGGCAUGGACAGUGGUGUUCGGAGUGACGGAGGUCUACUUCUUUCGCAUUUGACAAGAGAUGCUACGUCGUUAGUCUUCAUCCAGAUGAAGCAAGGGCAUGUUUCGCCAGUAUUCCUUUGAAAGGAUUCUAUCAAAUUGUUCAGAUUGGUCUGGAUACAUACUCUGUAUUUGAAAAUGUACACUGAUUUAAUAACAGUGUUUCUCUUAUGCAUGUUCUCAUUUGAGAAUCUUAACUCUGAAAGUACAGUUAAAUUAUGUUAAUAACAUACUUGUUUUUUAUUUCUAACCCAUAUUGAGUUGCUACUGUUUGUGUCUGUGACCACCUGUUUGUUUGAAUUUUUCAAACUAUUUACAAUGAAUUGUCACUGAAUGAAACAAUGUAUCAAUUUGAUGAUGUAUCUGUAUUAUCCAACAAAUGGAUCCAAUGGAUCUACUCUAAAUGUAAAUCAUGUUAUGAUUAUGUAAAAUCAAUGUUAUUGAUAAUACAGUAUUCAAUGUUCAAAGAAUAUGUUAAAAAGUUCAUUGUAACUUCGAAGAUACACCUUUCAUAAAGGAUUUUGUGUAUUCAACAAGAGUUUUCUGUGAAAAGUUUGUUUGCCUUUAUUGGUUUAAAUGACACUUUAUUUGGAGUGACAUGGCAUCAAGCAUUUGAAAAUA